UGUCUGUCUGUAGGCACACAGCCAGUGUUCUGGGGCAGAGAUGAUGUUUGUCAGUGGCUCAGAUGGGCAGAGCGAGAGUUUGCACUGCGGCCCAUCUCCAGUGGAAGUUUUCAGAUGAACGGCAAAGCUCUUCUGCUUCUCACCAAAGAAGACUUCAGAUACCGCUCUCCACACUCAGGAGAUGUGCUUUAUGAACUACUGCAGCAUAUUCUUAAACAGAGAAAGCCACACACAUAUUUUCCUGUGGGUUCAUUACAUUCGCUGACUGACCCGCUGCAGCCCCACAGACUUGAAGAAACGGUACGUCGGACGGCCCGCGGUACGGACAGCCUGUCACUGCAGCCCCCAACCAUUGAACUGCGCCAUCGCUCUCGGUCACCCCAUCAUUCAGCACCGCUGCGUUCAUCCGCCGAGCACCCUCGACCCACAUCCGUCGAUGACUCUCAACACGGGUCCACGCAGCUGCCUGACAGCAACCACCAUUUACCGGACGACAUGUACCCUCUGUCCGUCUCGCCCGCCGCCUCCAACGGGCAUUGCGGCCUUCCUCGCGACGCCCCGCGGGGCUUGAGCCCGAAUCAGGAGGAGACGGCUCCGCCCCGUGUAAUACAACUCAUGCCCAGCGCUAUCAUGCAUCCCCUGCUGCUGAGCCCGGGCAGAGGGACCACGCCGGGUGACUUCAGGCAUAGCCGGGCAUCUCAGGAAAACGGCCGUGAGGUCAAGGGUCAACAUCACAACCCGGUCCACUACUCGACCCACGCCCUGAACCUCGCCGGUCAUCAGGCACCUCUGCAGAUCCCCCUGCAGGACGAUCGACACUACCGCAAUCAAAUCAUCAUGCCCGUGUCUCCGCCCGAGGAACAGGCCACGCCUCUAGGCCGCAUCGCUGACUGUAGAUUGUUGUGGGAUUAUGUCUAUCAACUUUUGUCUGACAGUCGGUAUGAGAAUUACAUCCGCUGGGAAGAUCGAGAUACCAAAGUCUUCCGUAUUAUGGAUCCUAACGGUUUGGCUCGUCUGUGGGGGAAUCAUAAGAACAGGACCAACAUGACCUAUGAGAAGAUGUCACGGGCACUGAGACACUACUAUAAACUCAACAUCAUCAGGAAAGAGCCGGGACAGAGGCUGCUCUUCAGGUUCAUGAAAACCCCAGAUGAAAUCAUGAGCGGACAGACGGAUCGUCUGGAACAUCUGGAGUCGGACACUGAUGAUCAGAUCUAUGUGAAGGAGGAAUGUUGAGUAGUAGAGCUCAAGAACUUCUGAAGCCGAAGAUGCCUCACUUCACCCUCUGAUCUUUGAACUCUCAGUUUCCUCAGAGGGUCACUGCACUCACUCUUAUCAAACAUCAUUGAUUUACCUUUUUUAGUCUUAUAUUUCAACUUCAGAAAUAAACUUUAUGACGACAAUCAUUUUAAUGACAAAUACUCAUUUUUCAAAUCAAAUCUAGAAAUUAUUGCUGCAUUUUUUUCCUGUUUGGUAAGUAUAUUGUACGAAGACGUUGUGAUUUAUAAAUGAGGGAUUUACUGAAUGCUGGUGAAAAUGUGAUUUGAUUCUAAAAUAAAUUUUACUGAGAGAC